AUUAAAUUAUUUCUAUUUGCCCAGGAAUCAAGUGGUAUGGGAAUCAAUGGACUACCCUACACUGUCAUCAGUGACGUCACAGGCUCAGUUGGUCUAACUGAAUUUCAUUCAUAAAAUGCUUAGAUUGAAAACAGCCCUCACACAUUAGAACCACUUGAGCGGAGUUGGUGCUGAAGUCGUUCGCCUUGGCCAAAGCGCAGUGGUGCACAUGUGCGAUAAGCGAAAUUGAAUCAGUCAACGGGAAAUUGAGGUUCAUUUGGAAUACUGCGUCUCGAGCGCUGCGUGGGCGUUGCCGUGCAGAGUCCUGGCCUAAGCUUUUGGUAUAAAUAGACGGCAAGGCAACUGGAUAAGUCAUUCGAGCUUCGAGGCUUGCUGAAGUAACGGCUACCACAGAGACCACAUCAAUCCCGAGACCGGUGCCGAUAACCGUAGCUGUAAGACGCCUUCGCUUGGGAGUAACUACAAGGCCAGGAUGGCAGCUAACCCACAACGGCUCAGGCUUAACUUUCUUGUGCUCCUUCUCCAACUGGGCAGCUUGGACUUUGCCCAGGCCAACAACCAGGCAUGCAGCACUCGUCAGCAGCAGUGUCCUCUACAGCCACUGCAUCGAUUGAUGGAAGAUCGCCGAAGCGAGAUGGAUGAAUACGACGAACAUCUUGUUUAUAGACAACCAAGUGAGCGCAUCGAAAAGCUUGAGGAUCGCAGCAGACAAGACAAUCUGCAGACUGAAGGUUCUUAUCGGCGAGAGGAGAACGAGCUGUCACGACGGGAGGAGCGUGUACAGUUGGAUGCUCGUGAUGACCGUCGAAAGGAAUUUCAACGGGAGGAACGCACAAAUCUCCGAAGAGAAGAACGCGCCGAUUUUCGCCAAGAAGAACGUGAAGUUCUCCGAAGAGAAGAUCGCGCUGAUUUUCGCCAAGAUCGUGAAGAUCUCCGAAGAAAAGAACGCUCCGAUUUUCGCCAAGAAGAACGUGAAGAUCUCCAAAGAGAAGAACGCGCCGAUUUUCGUCAAGAAGAACGUGAAGACCUCCGAAGAGAAGAUCGCGCCGAUUUUCAUCAAGAAGAACGUGAAGACCUCCGAAGAGAAGAUCGCGCCGAUUUUCAUCAAGAAGAACGGGAACAUCUCAGAAGAGAAGAUCGCGCCGAUUUUGCCCGAGAAGAACGCAAUGAUCUCCGUAGAGAAGAACACGCCGAUUUUCGUCAAGAGCGCGAAGAUCUCCGAAGAGAAGAACGCGCCGAUUUUCGUCAAGAAGAACGCGGGGAUCUACGAAGAGAAGAACGUACCGAUUCUCGUCAAGAAGAACGCGAAGCUCUGCGAAGAGAUGAACGAGCCGAUUUUCGUCAAGUAGAGCGCGAUGAUAUCCGAAGACAAGAUCGAAGCAAUCUUCGUCAAGAAGUACGAGAUGCAUCCCGACGACAAGAGCGCGAAGAUGAAUUUGGUCGACGUGAGGAGCUUGAUGAUCGUAAAGUACAAUAUGAAAGCCGGCGUGAGGAACGAGAUGUAUCUCAAAGACAAGAGCGUGAAUAUGGGCAAUUAAAUCGACAAAAUGAAAGUUCUUUCCGCCUAGUGCGAGAAGAUCUUCAACAGUUAGAAACUCGAGUUGCACAAAGAAACGAUCGAUCCCUGCGGGAGGAGCGCGAGGCUAAUCAACAGAUGGACCGCGAUGAUCGUCGCCGUGAGAAAAGGGUUGGACGUGUCGAUACAGAGCGUAUGGAAAGGCGAGUGAGUCGGGAGGAGAUGCGACGAGUGGAGACUGACCCGAUUCGCCAAGAAAUUGAACGCCGUGAGAGUAAUACCAUUGACCUGAAAGUACGACGUACAGAUAUCUCUCGAAGUGAGGAUCCCCGAAAGGAGCAAACCGACGAUUUUACACGGCAGGACAGAGUUGAACGUUUGAAUACAGAACGUAUGGAAAGGCGAGUAAGUCGAGAGGAUAUGCGGCAGUCGGAACAUGAUGUAACGCACAGGCAGGAUCGGGAAAAUCGUGAGCGUAAUGUCAACGACAUGGAACGCAUCCAUCUCUCUCGACGUGAAGAACGUGAUGAUCGCCGUCGGGAGAAGCAAGAAGGUUUUCGACGGGAGGAACGUAAUGACCUCCUACGUGAAGAACGAGAUGUUUUCCGACGUGAGGAACGAGAUGUAUUUCGAAGACAGAAGCGAGAUGAACGCGAUCAUGUAAAUACUGAGCAACUGGAAAGGCGAAUGGAUCGAGACGGUAUGCGACGGAAGGAAACCGAACUGACGCGAAGGCAGGAAAGAGAAAACAGGUUGGAUUCUCGCUAUGGUGAUGAAAUUAAUCGGGUUGAAGUUCGAAGGGAAAAGCUAUCUCGCCGUGAGGAACGAGACGAUCUACGACGUGAGGAACGAGCUGUCUUGUCUCGAAGACAAGAUCGUGAAGAUAGUGAUACUAUUCGUCAUACUAUUUACACAGAAGUGCGGCGAGAUGAUUUCUCUCCACGUGAGGAGCGUGAUGAUCGCCGACGGGAGGAACACGACGAUCUCCGACACACAAGCCGAGGGCAAGAGCGUGUGGAUGUGGAGCAACAUGAGGUGCGAGUAAAUCGAAGAGAGAAUGUGCUGACACGACGACAGGAACGAGAUGAGCUCAAUAGGUUCGAUACUCGUAGCCGUUUAGACAUACGACAAGAACAGCUUUCCCGACGUGAAGAACGUGAUGAUCACAGACGAGAGGAUGGAGACGCUAACCGACAGGUGGAACAAGAGGAACGUGUCGACGCGGAACGCACGGAAAGGCGUGUGAGUCGUGAAGCCAUGCGACGAAUGAAGGACGACCUAGCAGAAACACAGGAACAGGAAAAUCGGGAGCGUAAUGCAAAGGACAUCGAAGCACGGCGCGGCGAUCUCUCCCGUCGUGAGCAGCGCGAUGAUCGCCGACAGGAUGAGCGCGACCAUCUCCGACGUGAGGAGCGUGACAACCUUCUACGAAGGGAACGUGUGGAUGCGGAGCGCAUAGAGAGGCGAGAUAAUCGAGAGGAGAAAUAUAUGACACGAAGGCAGGAACGAGUCAAUCGUCAGCCCAAUGCCAAUGACGAGCAAACCCGGCGCAACCAUCUUCGACGCGAAGAGCGUGAAAUAUCGGAAAGACAAGAGCGGGACGCCGAUCUCUCUCGCCAGGGAGGACGCGCUGAUCUGCGUCAAAAUAGUCUCAACCGAGAACAACGCGUUAGCCUCCGACAAGAGGUGCGUGAUAAGCUUAUUAGUCGUGAAAAUCUGGAAGACAGCAGGCUGAGUGCCCAACGACGACAGGAACGAGACCUUUCUGAACUGUAUCUAAAAAAGAAUCGGGAAAACAAGAAGCCUAGCAUCUGGAUAAGCAACAACUACACCAAGCAAGGACUCUUGAUAACUGGCCAAGCGCUGAUAUUGCUAGUGCUGUAUUCCAAGUUGACCAGCCAUAAGGGACAGCAUCUUGGAAACCGGCUGGCUGAACAUAUCCAGGGCUUUCUGCAUCCCGUGGAAUGUUAAGAUACUAAACGAAGGCUUUACGAUAAACCUGAUAUACUGAAACGCAUAAAGUACCUAGGCACCCUAUGUCCCCCAAUACCGUACAACCUAAUGAGCAACGAGUUUAAGGCCGAGAGUGGAUCUGAGAUGUAUCUGUAAACGCAUUGUACAAUUUAUUCCAACUGUUACUGAAACUGUAAUCUACACUGAACUACAAACAAAUAUAAGUUAUACAUAG